UAAAAACGUCUUCGCGGAGCAACAAGUGAACUUAAAAUUAAAGGGCAACAGUGUUAAAAUGACAAAGAGACUUAUGCUUCUCCUGUUUUUUAUUGAGCUGCUUGUUGCUAUCACUGAUGCACGUAAUGAAACCCAACAGAAUCCACCGCCACAGCUGGCACACGUUGAACAGUGCGGUACGACUCAAAAGAUGGUUGACGAAUGCUUUAAGGAUUUACCUCCACAUCUAAUGGAGUUUUUACAAAAUACUAAAAUCGUCAUAAGCAAACAGGAGAUCAUGGCUAAGUGCAUUGUAUUCAAUCGGGGCAUGAAAUGCUUUGAUGCUUAUUCAGCGCGUUGUCUGCAGAAUCGAAAGCUAAGCCUAUUUAAAAAUAAUAUCGAUGGAGCUCGGAAGUUUUUCAACAAAUUCUGCUCCGAUGAGGAUUUUCAGCGAGAUUAUCUGCGCCACAAAGAUUGUUUCACUCACAUUCAGCCGGAUUGGAUUAGCUGCACUACAGAGUUUGAAAACAUACUCACAGAUGAUUUGCACGAUAAUAAACGCAAUGCCAGCGAUAAAUUCAUGGAAUUUUGUUGUGCACGUUACGCAUACGAGAAUUGCAUCUACAAUAGUGCACGGUACAAGUGCUACAAGCAUUCGGCUGAAUUCGCACGUGAAACCGCCAAAAUGUUGUCGGAUGAGAAGCACUUUCAGAAUUGCCGUCACUUGGAGGACAUCUGUGCGCGCUCGGUACGCAUUGCCUGGAUAUCGAGCAGUUUUUAUCCCCUGGCUCUGGUACUGAUGCUGCGUUUUCUGCGGCACAUUGCCAGACCGUAGAAUUGACACUUUCUCUUGGUUGUGUUGGUGUAGGUUGUCCAAUUGAAAAUGCAUAGCAUUGAGCAAUUCGCUUGGAAUGGCCGUGUGAUUCUCUGGGGUGGGUAAUUGCGUCGGACAGCGGCACUUUUUAGUCUUAAAGUUCUCAAAUAUGUAUAUGUAAAUGGAUUAUUUGUGUGAAUAUUUGUGUAUUAAAUAAAUUUAGCUUGAGUUCAGCAA